UUUGGGUGUGGUAUAGAACAGUACUAAACCUAGGAAGAACAGCUUCAUUAUUUCAUCAAGUAGACAGGCAGGAAAGGACGAAGGGAUUUGAAUAACCCUUUCUCCUUACCAUCUGGGUUUAUUUUUGUCUCCACCACAAGUUCAAAAUUUUCUGGCCCAUAUGGCCUUCAACCUAGUCACACACUGUUCAGAAAAUCCGUAUCGUGUUCACAUCUUCAAUAUCAGUUAAAUUUUAUGUCCCUGCAAAUCAGCAUUCCAGCCAGCACCUCUGAGUAAUACGAUUUAACUACCAGUUACAUGCUGUUGGUGAUAUAUCCUGCAACCUGCAACCUCUCAGGGGCUCUGAGGUAUUGUUUGUUUGUUGGUUCUUUGGUUUGUUGAGCUCACACUUUGCAUGUCUUGGAACUACAGAAGAGACGGGCAUGCUUCUUCCUUCUAUUUAGACUGUGCUGCAGUUUCUCAUUCUGUCAAUAAAGAGAGGCUCAGAGUCUCUGAAGUGUAAGUUUUUUGAGCACAGCACUUCCAUGUACAGUUUUUUUUUUUUAUUUUUUCCAACCAUCCACUCAGCACAAUAUUUUUUGGCAAAUAUUAUAAAGCCCUACUAACUUUCUACUACAGACUAGAAACUAGAAGACACUCUUUGCAUAUGGUACCCUGUUCCCUCGCCUUCUUCCACUGUUUCCAUCCUGACCUCAUCUAUGUCAUUGUUACUGCUUGCUCCAUCUCCAUGACCUUGACAUCAAAUAUUGAGCUCAAUAAACUCCUUUACCUGGUGGGAGAUUAUAUUAUUUGGUUUCAAAGCAUAUGCUAUAAACUGAGCUCUUCCUCUUUCUGAAUGACUUGAUUCUUAGAUCUAGAGUUUCUAUGUUUUCUGGUAUUCUACCUACGACAUUAGUAAGCUUUUUCUGUGUACAUUCUCUUCUUUCUGUGGCCUCUAAGUGUAUAACUCAGUUGCUGUGCCUCUGCUACCCUUGUUUUAUUUUGUGUCUCUAGGUGCUGUCAUUUAACCUCAAGGCCUUCUGGGUCAUCUGUGUGACAGUUGCCAUCAAGUUUAUAGUCAUGACAACAUUCAAUGUUUUGCAUUAUCUGCCUUUAUGUAGAUAUCUAAGAGACAAUUCAAAGUCAAAAUAUACAAAAUCUCGCCUUCCUCCAUGCUUCUUAUUACAUUAGAAUUUCUCAUCAUUUUCAAAAUUGUACAGAUUCAUAUGGUAUUCACUUGACACAACCAUUUUCUAGUACUCUAGAAAUCACUAUUUCACAAAUAUUCUCAGUUCCAUUAACAAAUCUAUCUCCCUAGACUGGCACAUUCUCCUCAUAUCUUCCACAAAAACUCUCUAGUCUAAGCUUUCCUUGAGUUUUGCCUUGGACAUGUCAACUGCCAAGUUUCUCUUUUUUUCACUUUUGAUUCCCAGGUACAUUUCCAGCCAUUGUGAUCUUCAGAAAUGAUGCUGUAUAGUAUCUUCUCUACAUAAAGGCUACCAGUGCCUUUCAUUUAGUACAAAUAAAAUGGAAGACUUGGGUCUUUCUAAGUUGGAUGUCCCACAUCAUCCCAGCUAUGUGACAGAGCUGCCUAAUCGAAUCAAAUCAAAGUCAUCACCUGAUGAGUGCGGCAUAGAUGACUCAACAAACUUUGUAGGCUUCUUUCCAGUCUUCGUGUGGACGCUCAGGGAUUUUUCACUGGAGCUGGAAGUUAAUGGAAAGUUUGUCACUCCUGAUGAGUACCUGGAGAAUUCAUUGACUCUGAAAAAAGGAACUGAUAAGAAAUCUAAAAACUUAAAUGAGUCUCGGCUAUGCAUCAGGAAGUUCUUUCCAAAGAGGACAUGCUUUGUCUUUGAGAGGCCUUCUAAAAAGUAUGGUUCCAAACUGGAGACAAUAUCAGAGGAAGAUCUGAGGGAAGAAUUUGUAGAACAAGUUGGAGAAUUCACUUCAUACAUCUUCAGCUCUGCCAAUGUCAAGACUCUGACUGAUGGCAUCGUAGUCAAUGGGCCACGUCUACAGAACCUGGUAGUGACCUAUGUCAAUGCCAUCCGCAGUGGAGAACUACCCUGCGUGGAGAAUGCUCUUCUGGCUUUGGCCCAGAUAGAGAACUCAGGUGCAGUGCAAAAAGCCAUUGAGUACUAUGAAGAACAGGUGAACCAUAAGGUCCAGCUGCCCACGGAAACCCUCCAGGAGCUGCUGGACUUGCUCAGGCCUAUUGAGUGUGAGGCCACUGAGGUUUUCAUGAAGAAUUCUUUCAAGGAUGUAGACCAAACGUUCCAGAGGGAAUUAAAGAACUUGCUGGAUGCCAAGCGAGUUGCAGUUGUUAAGAAAAACAUGGAUGUGUCAUCAGCUCAUUGCUCAGAUUUGCUGCAGGAUAUCUUUUGUUCUCUGGAAGAAGAAGUGAAACAGGGAACAUUUUCUAAACCUGGAGGUUACUAUUUCUUUCUUCAAAGGAAACAAGAGUUAAAGAAAAAUUAUUACCAAGUGCCUGGAAAGGGGCUUCAGGCUGAAAAGAUGCUGAAAAGGUACUUUGAGUCCAUGGAGGAUGUUGCUGAAACACUUCUCAAGACAGACCAGUCACUCACAGAAAAGGAAAAAGAGAUUGAAGAGGAACGUUUAAAGGCUGAAGCGGCUGAGGCUGCAAACAGCGAACUGAGAAAAAUGCAAAUAAUGCAUGUGCUAAUGUUGGAAGAGAACGAAAAGAGUCACCAUGAGCAUGUAAAACAGAUUACUGAAAAGAUUCAGCAGGAGCGGGAACAAUUAAUGGCUGAGCAACAAAAGAUUUUACUCCUCAAACUUAAGGAACAGGAACAACUUCUCAAGGAAGGAUUUCAGGAAGAGAGCAGGAAACUUCAACAAGAGAUGGAGAAAAUCAAGAACAUUAUGUUAUUUUCAUCAUGCACCAUACUCUAAACUUCAAACCAACUAAACCCUUUUACUCUGAUCUGACUCAUCAAGAAAUUUUCUCCGGGAUCAACUUUGGACCAUGAAUCAGCUUGACACUGAGUAAUACUUGAGAGCAUGGUGCUGUAAUGAAUAGAGGGUAGAAAUAAAAUUAACAAAGUAAAGUUUAAGUAUAAAAAUAGUGUUUUCUUAAUAAGUGAAUCAGUUCAUGUUUAUUUUAGAACUAAAGAAUGAGGUGAUCUUUAAUUGUAUCUUAUAUUUGAAAUUAAAAACAUGGACUAUGCAGAGAUAUUAAAUUGUAUCAUUCAUUUUUUUUAAUA